UCAAUAAACAAGAAUCUCCCAAGGCCCCAACUUGGUGUUUGCGAAACAUGGUCUGAAAGUCUGAGCUCCCAAGAGUAUCAUAAACUCCCUAAACUCCCACGCUCACCUCAAAAUUUGGUCCUAUAGUCCCCCCCCCCUACCCCUACUACAGUCUACAGACUACUAGUCGCGCACCACCGAGACCUCGAGACAUGGAGCAUCUCGCAAUCGCAAAGGACUACAACGUCCAACCCCUGCUGUUCCCACCAAUCACAACCGCUACUUCCGUAGCUGCAAUAUAUCUUCAUAGAAACAAUCUGAUCAGCUCCAACUUCUUCAGCACCAGAAAAAGGGCAGCAACUGGAAAAUGUGCCAGAAGACUCACACCAAUUACUUCCUCUACCACUACGACGUCGUCUGGAGGAGAGAGAAUGAGCUUCGACUCGCCCGCCAAGGCACUCCGACGUCUGCUUGAUUCCCCUGGCAUCCACCAAGGUCCUGCUUGCUUCGAUGCUCUCAGCGCUAAGCUAGUGAAGAAUGCUGGUUUCGAUUUUUGUUUCACUAGUGGCUUUUCAAUUUCAGCUGCUAGGUUGGGGUUACCUGAUGUUGGUCUUAUAUCCUAUGGGGAAAUGGUGGAUCAAGGGCAGAAAAUCACGGAUGCUGUGUCCAUACCUGUAAUAGGGGAUGGUGAUAAUGGAUAUGGCAAUGCAAUGAAUGUGAAGAGAACUGUGAAAGGAUACAUCAAAGCUGGCUUUGCAGGAAUCAUUCUGGAAGACCAAGUAUCUCCUAAAGCUUGCGGUCACACACAAGGCAGGAAAGUCACCUCCAUAGACGAAGCAGUAAUGCGGAUAAAAGCAGCUAUAGAUGCUAGAAGAGAUAGUGGUUCAGAUAUUGUCAUUGUGGCAAGGACUGAUUCUCGUCAAGCAGUGUCUUUUGAAGAAUCAUUACGGAGAUCACAGGCCUUUGCUGAUGCUGGAGCUGAUGUUUUGUUUAUAGAUGCACUAGCGACAAGACAGGAGAUGCAGGCCUUCUGUGAAAUUUCACCUUCAGUUCCUAAAAUGGCAAACAUGCUUGAAGGAGGAGGAAAAACACCUAUUCUCACUCCUAUUGAACUUGAAGACAUUGGGUACAAAAUUGUUGCUUACCCACUUUCGCUGAUAGGGGUCUCAAUUCACGCAAUGCAGGAUGCUCUAAAUGCCAUUAGAAGAGGCCAUAUUCCUUCUCCAGGCAGUAUGCCUUCAUUUGAGGAGGUCAAAAAUAUUUUAGGCUUCAAUGAUUAUUAUGAAGAGGAGAAGCUGUAUGCCUCAACCCUGAUGCCUCAACCUUCCCCUAGAGCUGUUGAGAGUGGUUACAAUCUCAUACAAAGUGAUCAAGAUAGCUUGAAUGAGAAUGGACAAUCUGUGCAAGAUCCCCCAGUUGAAGUGGUAAUUCCUGAAGUUUAUACUAAUUAUGGUGCAGAUGCUUCAAGGGAAGCUUUUGGCAGUAUAUGGUCUCGAACAUUGAGAAUCAAAGUUACAGGAAAUGAUGGUUCUAAUAAGCUCGACGUCAGGAUUCCUGCUGGAUUCUUGGAUGGUAUCACAAAUAUAGUUCCAGCCUUAGUAGGUGUAAAUCUCAAGCAGCUUUUGAACAAUGCGGCUGAAGGGAUGCAAGGGACACUCUUAGAUUUUAAUGACACACUUGGCGAUAGGAUACAAGUCUUUUUGGAGUAACAAACUGAAUGAAGUUUUGUUGUGGAAAGGUGAAGUACCUUAAAUAUGCAAUACUAUAAGCAUCGACGCUGCGGAAGCUGAUAUCAUACCAUACAUGUGAAUUAUUGAUCAUGAAUUAUGCUUAUGGAUAUAUUACGACUUACAAGAUGCAGCAGCUCAUCAAGUCUCGAUAAAUGUCCAUAGCAGUCACAUGAGGGAUUAGCAACAGUUUUGCCAAUCAAUGAAAAAGAUUAUUAGUAGCCCUAUUUCACCGUCAGUGUUAAUUUUGUACAAAACAUUUUAUGAGACGAAGCAUUUUCGUAUUGUUUUCUUCUUUUUUAGCAUAAGAUAAUAUAAUAUUAUACUUCA